UCUCUGAGCAGACGUAAUCCUGGACAACACGACUCCGCCCUUCUCAAGAUGGCGCUGCUCUCAAUGCGGAAGGCGCGUGGGUGCUGGAGCGUCAUCCGGGCAUUUCAUAAAGGACCUGAACCGCCUCCCGCUCCACAGAAAGACAGUAUGGAGCGGAUAUUUUCUGGUAUUCAGCCUACAGGAAUCCUCCACUUGGGAAAUUACCUAGGAGCCAUUGAGAGCUGGGUGAGGUUACAGGAUGAAUAUGACACAGUGCUAUACAGCAUCGUUGACCUCCACUCCAUCACCAUCCCUCAAGACCCCACCAUUCUUCGGCAGAGCAUCCUGGACAUGACUGCAGCUCUUCUUGCUUGUGGUAUAAAUCCAGAGAAAAGCAUCCUUUUUCAACAAUCUCAGGUGUCUGAACACACACAAUUAAAUUGGAUCCUUACCUGCAUGGUCAGGCUGCCUCGAUUACAGCAUUUACACCAGUGGAAGGCAAAGACUGCCAAGCAGAAGCACGACGGGACUGUGGGCCUGCUCACAUACCCAGUACUCCAAGCAGCUGACGUUCUCUCCUACAAGUCCACACACGUUCCUGUUGGGGAGGACCAAAUCCAGCACAUGGAACUAGUUCAGGACCUAGCACAAGGUUUCAACAAGAAGUAUGGGGAGUUCUUUCCAGUGCCCAAAUCCAUCCUCACAUCCAUGAAGAAGGUAAAAUCCCUCCGUGACCCUUCUUCCAAAAUGUCAAAAUCUGAUCCUGACAAACUGGCCACCAUCCGAAUAACCGACAGCCCAGAGGAGAUAGUGCAGAAAUUCCGCAAGGCUGUGACGGACUUCACCUCAGAGGUCACCUACGACCCUGCCAGCCGAGAGGGCGUCUCCAACAUGGUCUCUAUCCACGCUGCGGUGACAGGUCUCACCACGGAGGAGGUGGUCCGCCGCAGCACAGGCAUCGAUACUGCCCGCUACAAACUGGUGGUGGCAGAUGCUGUGAUUGAGAAAUUUGCUCCAAUUAAAAAUGAAAUUGAAAAACUGAAGAUGGACAAGGAAUAUUUAGAGAAGGUUUUACAAGCUGGGUCAGCAAAAGCCAAAGAAUUAGCCUAUCCUGUCCUCCAGGAGGUGAAGAAAUUGGUGGGAAUUCUAUAGGAAGUUUGAACCAACCACAAAAGGCUUUUGUAUCUUACAGUCUGUGCACUUCGACAAAGGCAGCUUUCUUUCAAACAAAAAUAAUUAAUUAAUAUAAAUUAUAGUUUGGGACAUUUAAUUGGA